CGCCUCUCUCUCUCCUCCUCUAACCUCUCCUCAUCCCUCCUCCCCUCUUCCUCAUCCCCCUCCUCUCUCUCUCGUCUUCUUUCGCUCUCUCGAUCUCUCGACAUGACUCUUGCAGACAGGUCGAACAGGAAAUGGCUCUUAUCGUUUCCUGAGGAAAUUACACCCACUUCCUGUCUGUGUGCCUCCUGCUCCUUUUCUACUCAGGCGCCUCUGGGGACACCCCCUCGGAGCCCGGCCAGGGCCAUAGGACCCCAGAGAAGCCCGGACUCAUUCAGUGCAAUGAAGCCUUGCCUGAUGAGAAGGCCAGAUAAAAAGAGCACAAACACAGCUAGCUUCCAUUAGGGCUCUGCUCUAUUUCAGGGCCAUGCUGUCAUAGUGGCACAGGGGACCAGACACAGGCUAUUGUGCAGGACCGGGUGUUUGGGGUGAAGAGUGACGGGGGAGCGUUUGGGGCUCAGUGGUCUAACCCAGCCAUGAGCAUCAUCGGGGCCGAGGAUGAGGACUUUGAGAAUGAUCUGGACCCCACUGUGGAUGACCACAGCAGUCACUUCACCAGUAUAGAGCUAGUGAAGAGCCGGCCAACCCACCUGCUGGUCUUCCUUCAGCACGUCAUCCUGCAGUUCGACUGUUCCUCCCUGUUGUGUUACCUCCAUGCUGACCUCUUCAAGAACCUCAGUACCAAAGAGACCAAGAAGCAGUUUGUGGAGUUCUACAACAGCUUCCUGGACAAGGGCGCUAUUCUCAGAGUGCAAAUCCCUCACAAUGUAUCGUUUGAGUUGGACCGUACCAGACCAGACCUGCUCAGUGAGGAGCAGCAGAAGAAGUUUGUCCAGGAUGUCCAGUUGGCUCAGGCCCCAGAGGUGCUGCGACAGCUGGAAGACUUUAGGCAGAAGAGGAUGAUGGGUAUGACCCCUAACGCGGCAGAGCUGCUGGAGGUGGAGUCUCACUACCCCACCGAUCGUAUCCCCAUGGAGAUGAAGGAGAAGGCCGUGGCAGAGACCCUGCUGGACAAAAUGUCUGAGAUCCAUCCCUCCAUCGUCGCAGACGAGGAGAAAUGUUCGUCGAUCUUUGCAGCAGUGGCCUUCUACAUGAAGCACCUAGGAGUGAAGUCCAGAGUAGCUGACAGUAAGAAGUCCAGAGGUUUCUUCAGGAGACCCCUUGGGAAGAAUAAGAAGAGUGAGGAGUCCACUAAAUCUAAACCGAAGGGGGGUUUUCCCAACAUCCUCAGCGCCGCCGGUGGCUGGAUUGCUGGCAGCACUGAGGUCAAACUUCCUAAAGUGGAGGCUGAAGUGGAUAAAGAGAAGGUGAAUCAGGAGCGUAAGGUUCCCAGCAGCCUCGUCCCCUCUCGAGGCUCCUCCGCCCCUGAUGCCGCCCCUCCAGCAUUAAACAGGAAGUCUGUUUCCACAGGAUCCUCCCCCCAUCAGGGUUUGGAGGUCAGCGAGGGCUCAGGGGUUCACAUCAGUGUGACCUCCAGCCCAGACUUCUCCCACAGCGAGAUAGGUCUGUUCAGCAGUCGUUCGGACCCCCAGUUGGUGGCGGAGGGGGGCGAGGUGUCCCCCGUGGGGAUGGCAGGGGGGCUGGCUGUAUGGGAGCCCCCCUCACCCAAUGAACCCCCCCUGGAGGAAAACCUGGACAAAGACAGACGCAAGACAAGGCGUGUGGGGCGCAGUGAGAGUGCUCGUGUGGACAGACAUUCCUCCCGUCGCCGUGGCUCCUCCCGGGCCAAACAGUCGCGUUCCCGUAGCGACGUGGACCUGCAAGCCGCCGCCACGGCAGCACACUCCUCCCCGACCUCUCCCCACCCCUCUGUUGAUGAAGGGGUGUUACUCCCCGAGGGUGUGCUCCCAGGUCUUUCCCUCUCUGGCCCCACCCCCCAGCAGGAGGAACAGGACCCUCGCCUCCUGGAGCUGGAGCAGGACCCGCCCAACUGGAGAGAACACACCCCCCCAGACACCCUCAAAGACCUCAGCAAGAAGGAGACCAAGCGACAGGAGGUCAUAAACGAGUUGUUUGCGACGGAGCACGCCCACGUGCGCAUGCUGAGUGUUCUGCAGACAGUGUUCUGGAAGCCUCUGGAGAGAGAGGAACUCAUGACCGCCACAGAGCUGGCCACCAUCUUCCCCAGCCUGGAUGAGAUCAUAGACAUGCACUAUGCUUUCUAUGAGCACCUGAAGAAGCUGCGUCAGCACAAUUUCAUCGUCAAGGCCAUCGGAACCACGUUACUCAACAGGUUUGGAGGGACAGAGGGUGAGUGGUUUCAGAAGCUGACGUCUAGGUUCUGUAGUCACCAGACGUGGGCCCUGGAACAGCUGAAGAUGAGACAGAAGAAAGACCCUCGUUUCAACUCCUUCAUACUGGAGGCAGAGAGUAGGCCUCAGUGUCGUAGGCUGCAGCUGAAGGACAUCAUCCCCACUGAGAUGCAGAGGCUCACCAAAUACCCCCUACUGCUUGAAAACAUCGCCAAGUGCACAGAGGACACCUUGGAGAAGGAGAGUAUUCAGCAGAGUGCAGAGUGCUGUAGGAAGAUCCUCAACCACGUCAACGAGGAGGUCAAACAGAUGGAGAACCUGCUGACCCUGAAAGACUACCAGCGCAGGCUGGACACCUCAGGACUCAAACCCAGUAACGAGCUGUAUCUGGAGUACAAGUACCUUGACCUGGCCCAGAGAAGGAUGAUCUAUGAGGGGCCUCUGACCUGGAGAGUGACCAAGGAGAAAACAUUAGAAGUGCAGUGUGUGUUGCUGGGGGAUCUGUUGGUGCUGUUACAGAAGCAGGAUGAUAAGAUGGUGUUGAAGUGUCAGAGUAAGAGUAACAUCGCUGUUCAGGAGGGCAAGCAGAUGCUCAGCCCUAUCAUCAAACUAGACUCUGCCUUCCUCCGAGAGGUGGCCACAGACCGUAAGGCCUUCUAUGUGAUCUUCACCUGGGACAGCGGGGCUCAGAUCUACGAACUGGUGGCUCAAUCUGUCGGGGAGAGGAGGAACUGGACAGAUGUGAUCAAGAUGGCGGUAGAUGAGCUGAAGAAGACAGGGCCUCCAUCUGACCUGAAGAGAGGAAACAGCAUCUUAACUGGAGGAGGAAACCCAUACAGCCCCACCACGUUUCCUCAACCCCCUCUCAGCCCCACUGAAAAUGGAGGAGUCUUGUUGAAAAACAGCAUUGAACGAGAUAAGAACAUCCUGACCGAUGAGAUGAAGUCUGUGGAGUCUCGUCAUUCGCUGAUUGAUUACCUCUCGGACAAAGGCUUCGACUUGAUUGGCCACAGCAACAGUGAUCAGGUGAAAGUGGCCAAUAGCGCGUUAAACGAAGUCAUGUCCCUCAAGAGGCUGUUGGUUGGCAGCAUCAGCCUAUCAGACAACUCACAGCCUGAUGAGGAGAAUGGAAGAGAGGUACCAGAGAGCCAGGACCAUGGACUGCAAGGGGAGGAGGGUGGAGGGAUGAAGAUAGAGGAGGAGGGAGGGAUCAGUGCUCCUCUGGUUCUGUCCCAGGAGAGGAUGGAGGAGGUGCGCCGGAAACUGCAGAGUCUGGAGGUACAGCUGAAGAGACUGCAGAGUGUUGAGGAGGAGCACCACAGGCUGCAGCAGGCCCUGUCUAAGUUCUCCCUGGAGGGGGGCAACUUCUAGUGGAACACCAGAUCACUGUAAGUGCUGGAUUGGAGUGCUCGAGUUGCUUUUGGAGGAUUGAUGAAUGCGUCCUGGAAUUUCCUAUUUACUAAACACUCUGUGCUCCACUGCCAUGCCUGAGCCCUUGUUAAACAUUUCCAGGGGGUCACAGCCAACCGUGAGGCCCUUGCAAGGCGGAGGAGGAAGGCUUUACGCAAAGUAGUUGAGUAAUGCAAUGUGGGAGGGGUGUGUUUGAGGUGUUUGUGAAGAUGCUAGAAUGUGCAAGUGAGUGAGCGUGUGAGAGAUGGGAGUUUUGCAAACAGGUGCCAAAGAUUGGAGCAGUAGUUUGCUGUGAGAGAGAGAGAGAUGCUGCCUGGGCUUAUUGAUUGUGAGCUUCUGCAACACACACACACACACACACACACACACACACACACACACACACACACACACACACACACACACACACACACACACACACACAAACACAAACACAAACACACACACACACGAACGAUACUUCCCCCAGUGCAUGUUCAGUAAAUAUAUCUAUAAUUGCCAACUGUAGGGGUUUGGACUGUAUAAUAAACCCCCAUGUAUGCAUGUAGAGAGAGAUACUAGUGUCAGCCCUAUAGAGGGCGAUGUAGAGCUGUAGAACCAGACAGGAACAUGCUCAGAGUUGUGAAAUUCUGGUAACUUUUCCAAAAUUCACAGGUUUUCCCCAAAUCCUGGUUGGAAGAUUCCUGGAUUCAGGAGGGAAUAAGGAGGAAUUCUGGGAGUCCUUCAACCGGGGAUUUCUGAAAAUCCUGGGAUUUUUGGGAAACUUUCCAAACCUAGACAUUUUACUGAACAUUUAGUAUGCCUCUAUAUCCAGUACAUGCCAAAGUACAGCAGAGAUGCACUUUUAAGUUAGUAUAAUCCAAUUCAAGUGACCACCCACACUGAAUUACCAACCUUGAAUUUAUAAAUAUUUAUUACUAUUAUUAUGAUAAUAUAUAAUAUGCCAUUUAGCAGACGCUUUUAUCCAAAGCAACUUAGUCAUGCAUGCAUACAUUUUUACAUUUUACCCCAAUUGUUGAGAAGAUCUGUGCGUGUUUGUGUGUUGUAGAAGCAAAAUGUCCUUCUGGAGUUACUGUAAUAGAGUUCUGUUAGAACUGCAAUUAUGGCCCAAACAUUCAUCCAGUAGUAUUGGAAUUGAUCAUGUUGUUAGGGAUAUAGACGGUGUGUGUACGGCUUUUGACUUCAGCUGCCUCUCCUUUGGACCCUGCUACUGUGCUGGGCCGGGCGAUAGUGGGAUGGACAGAUGCACAGAGAUGGGAUGUAGAUUAGAGAUGGAGGGAUACAGUAAGGAAGAGAGGAGUAAGGGAGGAGAGGAGGCAAAGGGUUUUUCCUUGGAAGACCAACUUGAUUAGUAGUGUAUUAGAUGGUGAUGGAGGUAGAUGUAGAGAGAAGACUUGAAGUUCAGCAUUCAAUGUGCUGUGGAAUCGGUUAUAGGGGCCUCCCGAGUGGUGCAGUGGUCUAAGGCACUGCAUCGCAGUGCUAGCUGUGCCACUAGAGAUUCUUGGUUCGAGUCCAGGUUCUGUCGCAGCCGGCAGCGACAGGGAAACCCAUGGGGCGGCGCACAAUUGGCCCAGCGUCAUUCGGGUUUGGCCCAGCGUCAUUCGGGUUAGGGAAGGGUUUGGCUGGCAUCGAUGUCCUUGUCCCAUCAUGCACUAGCGUCUCCUGAGGCGGGCCGGGCACAAUGCACACUGACACGGUCGCCGGGUCUACAGUGUUUCCUCCGACGCAUUGGUGCGGCUGGCUUCUGGGUUAAAUGGGCAUUGUGUCAAGAAGCAGUGAGCCUUGGCUGGGUUGUGUUUCGGAGGACGCACGGCUCUCGACCUUCACCUCUCCCGAGUCCAUACGGGAGUUGCAGCGAUGAGACAAGACUGUAACUACCAAUUGGAUACCACGAAAUUGGGGAGAAAAAGAGGUUAAAGAAAUCUAUAUAAUAAAAUAAAGAAUUGGUUAUAGACACAGUCAGUCAGACCCAUACAUGCUCUGAUACUCACAUUGCGUGGGAGCCCAGUGCAGUAACAAUGGUCACACAGGAGCAUGGUCAUCACCUGUGUGAUGUGACUGGAGUCGACUUCCUGACUAUAGGGCUAUUAGCUUCUCCAGAAAGAAAGGAGGGAGACAUAUAUAGUAUUAUAUGCUGUAUGAUAAGUUUUUUUGUCCGAUACAAAGGUUAUAUUCUUUUAUGGUAGCAAUACCAUUUUUGUGUGUAUUUUUCUUCAGGAGUUGAUUGUAAUUAUUGUUAUUAUUUUGAUGAUUUAGAGUAGUGGCAUUGAACUGUUGACUGGGAAACAGGACCAAAGAGACACCCAUGUACCUGUAGAUCCUCAUAUGAGCUGUUUAUAUUGUCUCACUGCUUAUUACAAUAGGAGAAAGUCACUUUAUGCUGAUUGGAGAGUGAUGCCUACAGCAGCCUUGGCUCUCUGCUUCUCUUCCAUCCAAACUCCAGCGUCACAUGUAGAGAAAACAACACAGUGGGUAGGAACAUAGAGGGCCUGUAUAGAGGGAGAUAAUGAUAUCUAAACUUGUAUGAAGACUGUAUUGUGAUACAUCCAUCCAUGCUGCUGCCCCAGACUAAUGAACAAAAUUGAACUGGACACUUCACAAUCACACUGCCAUUCAAAUCCUCUCUUCAUUACUACCAUGUGUGAGGACGGCUGCACUGUAUUGUUAUAGACAUGACUCACCUAGCAUCACUUAAUAUUGACUGGACCACGUUUAGGGACAGCAUGGGAUGAUGUUACAGUACAGUAAGAUACAGAAGGGUACUGAGAUAAGACCCAUCAUUACUGGAUUAUGCUACUGUUUCUAUAGACCACUUCUGGAAUGAAGAGAAACGGGUCUGGGGAGUUUGGAUGCAGGAAUUGCAGGCGCGACUAGUCGUCACUCUCACCAGUGCUGUAAUGACAGUUAUCUUUCACGAUCACUUUUGAAUUAUGCAUUCUCGUCGUGGCCAUAGCAACCGCUCCCUUACCCCAUCCCCCAAAUAUGUAAUUAUGCAAAUGUUAUUGAUAGUUACUCUAAGAAGCAGAGGGCGGAGUUACAGGUUGUGUUGAAACUUCAUUGCCUUUUUUUCUUUCACCCCCACCCCUUUAUUUUCUCGUCUUCCCCUCCAUCACCAAGUCCACAAUAAUAGUCUCCAUCUCUCCUUCAUCCUGUCUUCCUUCUAGAAGUCGUAGAAAUGUAGUCCUUACUCCUCUCAUCACCUUUUCUUAUCGCACAAUUUCACUGUAUGUUGCGGUGUAUUUUAUUUCAUUUGCUUCAACGGGUCAGGAGGUUUUGUUUUUGGUGAUGCUUUGUUGAGAGGAACAUAUGUAAUUAUGUACUAUGCAUUUUGUGCAACAAUGAGAGGAAGAGGAAGAUACUUGGAUAGCUUUUGUUUGCUCAGAGACCCCAUAUGUGAGACAGCUCACUUGUAUUAUACAAUACUAGAUGGCAACAAGAUGAGGUUAAAGAGAUUAUCUCUAACUUGGGCUUUUUCACCAUUGAAGCACAGUAAUGAGCAGGUUAAAUCCUGUUAUACCAGCUUAGGUUAAUACCUCCACCGCCACUGUAGUCUCAAGACUACCUGGCAAACGUGUGCUUACAAUCCUCUCUCUUUCUCUCUCUCUUUCUUCCCUUUGCUUCCCCUCAUGUAUCCUAUUUACAAAUACAUAGUGGUCUAGUUUUAUAUGUUUUUAUAGAGAAGGGUGCCUUGUUCUGACGAUCAAGCUUUUUCCCAAAGGGCUCUCUAGUAAACAAACACUGUUGGUUGGGGAGAUGUUUGGCUGUUAAGGUAGAAGAACCAUGAAAUGAACGUAGAAAGAGUUGGGUGACCAACAUCAAGUCUCCAGUUUAAUGUACAAUUACAGUGAAAUGCCUUUCUUGCAAUCUCUAAAGCAACAUGCAUUCUAGGUUGGGCCAGGAGGUUUUCCUAGUCAGGUCACAUAGUCUGGAAACCUCCCUGGCCUUAAUUCUAGGUAAUCCAAGGUUUCAGAUAGGUGGUUUGCGGGGGAUUGACUGUAGGGUGGCUGUAUAAAUCCUGCAGUGUCCCCUGUAACUAUGCUAUCUCAGGGGUAUGUAUGUUACAAAGUGUAUUGUGUGUGUUCACCUCAGCGACUACAAGGUUUGACCAGCGCCAUGUUUGCUCCAGCUAGCCAGCGCUUUGUAUAGAAUAGGGUCUGGUCUGUCGCACAUUCAUCCGCCACAUGUAUAUCUAUAAACAAAUGAAUAUGCAAGAUCUAUACUGUGUAUUUUGGCUUUGAUUUCAUUGUGUAAGAGUUUUAAAUUGUAUACUUAAGAAGAAAUGAGGUACGUUUUUUUAUUGUAAUUUUCCAUUUAAAAAAAUAAAUAAAUGGGGGUAAAAAAAUCGA